ACAGCACUCGGAGACAGCAGGAGAUGCUUUUCAGGAGGUAAGUGCCCGCCAUAUUAAAUAUGGAUGCGUGACGCGUUGCCGUUCCGACAGUGAUUUUAACGUUAUUUCCGAUGGAAUUUUUCUGACUUGAAUGAAUGACAUAAGGUAACGAAUUAACGUUAUCAAAAACGUAAAGGUCGCCAGGUCAGAGGUUAGCCAUCGGACUGACAGCAAGAUGAGAUUUAAUAACAAUAUGUAAAUAAAUAAAUAACUUUUAAAACGGUUAGACCCAAGUCUUUCCUUAGAUCGAAUAGUUUAACAACUUUCAAUAUAUCAUUUUAAUUAAAAAAAUAUUUGUGUGUGCGUUAUAUCAACUGAUAAAAUUAAACUAAACGAGAGCAAUAAAAUAAUGUCUAAAGAGUAGUGGCCACCCCGUGCCAUCAUUCCGACGGUAUUGUGGUUGAAUCCUUUAUAUUACCUUCGCUUUUGUUCGUGUGUUUUUGGCUGGGUGGCAAAAAUCUUCGGACUGCUAACUGACCCACUUCCCGUCACCCUAUAGAACUGAAACUUGGCACAUAGACUCGUUGCCGACGACAGCACAUCAUCCCAAAUUUUCAGCCCCACACUACCCCCCCCUCCCCACCACCCCAUUUGUUCCCCCCUGUUCUUCAAGGGGUAGAUUAAAAACUACGAUGACACUGAAAUAAAACACUGAUUUCACGAAAUAAAAUUCCCGAUAACUGCGCUAAAUGAGAUUCUUAAAAAAAUAAAAUAAAUAUCGCAAUUGCGUUUGGUGCGUAAUAUUUUCUUGUUUUUCUGAAAUAGUUGGUGAAAUAAAUCUGCAGUGUAAAAGCCGGUGAUACAUUAGAAAAUUAAUAUAAAAUGAAAUUUAAAAAAAAAUGCAUAUAAAGGAUUUAUACGAAAUCUUUGUUUUUAAGGGCUUUUACAUUUGGGGUUCUAAAUCUGUGAACACCCUGUCACCCAGUAUGUCCCUAACUUAAUUCUCUGAGUUUUUCCUAAUAAGCCAUUUUACACAUUCCCCCCCCCCUUAACAUCCGUUAAAAAAUAAUAAAAUAACCAUUAAAAUGCAUACGCUUUCAGAAUCUAAUGUAAUAAUUUAUUAUAUGUCGUAGUAGAAUGGCAGUUUAAAAAAAAAUAUGUGCACAAUAUUUUAUAAUAGAAUGUAACUUACAAAAACGACAACAACCAUCCAACAAACACAAUUUGCCUAUUUAAAGUUAGAUUACUGUAUCCAUUCGUUGGGAAACAGGUUUUGCUUACAUUUAAUGUUCAACACUUACUUAUGUAAAGACUGAACUAAAAAUAGAAUUUAAACAAUGUUAAGAUCAAUGUGACUGAGAGUUAUAUUUUGUCAUGUUUGGUUAAGGUCAUUCAACCUGGAGAUCUUCAAGAUAUUCUUCGGCCGAUGGACCCUGAUUUCCAUCGUUUUCUCGGGAUGUUUCCUGUUCUUCCUGAUGUCCAUGUCCACGAGUCCCAAGACAAAAACAACAAGGGACGUACGAUUCAUCGUGAAACAGACCACAUCGAAAAAUUCAACCGACACCAAUACUUAUUCUUGGAAAAACGUUCAAGAUAUCAUAUUCCAACCCAAAGCGAGUUCAUCCCCUACACCGGAAAUUCCCAGUGAUCGCUUACUAUGGCAACAAGCUGGGUUCCCAGAAGGAGAUGCCAAUCCGAGCUUGGUGGCCAUCUUGGAUAUGUUUCAUUCGAAAAUGUCCCAGCGCGGUCGGAAGUUAGUGAACCCGCACAGCUAUAGAUACAUCCACAACGUGCCCAACGCUUGUGUUGGUCGGAAAGUGGAGCUCAUCGUCGGGGUCCCAACGCGAACGAGCAGCUUUGAAGCUCGUCAGGCCAUCCGUGAAUCCUGGGCCCAGUACGCUAAUGAUCCGUCAAACAACGCGGUGGUUCUGUUCUUUCUGGGGGUGCAGAGCGACAAGGCCGGCCAGGAGCAGAUCGACGCCGAGGCGCUAAAGUGCGGGGACAUCGUGCAGGAAGAUUUCGAGGACACCUACAGGAACCUGAGCUUGAAGAGCGUCGCGCUGGUCAAGUGGGUCAGCGUGUACUGUCCGGAGUCCACCUUCACGCUGAAAGCGGACGAUGAUAUGUACGUCAACAUGCCCCGCCUCCUGGUCCGGUUACGCCAGCAGUUAUCCCGCGGCCCGCUGUUCCUGCUGGGGGCCAUCCACCAGAACACGGCCCCGUUCCGCGACAAGAAGAACAAGUGGGCCGUCACCAGGGACGAGUACCCGGACAAGCUCUUCCCCAAUUAUCUCUCCGGAACCGCGUACGCCAUGACGAGUACCGCCGCAAUGAGACUCUACCUCGAGUCUCUCUACGUCAGUUUUCUAUUCCUCGAGGACGUCUAUCUGACCGGAUUGGUCGCCGACCAGGCCGCCGUGCCACGGGUCGCCGACUCGGACUUCAACUGGGCCAAGUACGAAGCCGACGGCUGCAAGUUCCGGGACAAAAUCAGCGGACAUAAAAACACCCCGGAAGAAAUUCGGAAAAUUCACAAGGAGUUGUUUGACCCCAAUUUGAGAUGCGCUGCGGGUUAAGUCCACACAGAUAAUGGGUUUAACCAAACAAUUCAUCAAGCUGGAGACAAUCGUGUUCGUUGUCGUGUUGUUAUCGAAGUGAUCUGAGCCUGAUUUUCCAAUCUUAAACGCCCGCUGCUUUGGAUAUCGUAUAGCUUUAUUUUUGUACAUCUAUUGUGGAGAAAGGGAUGAACAUUUAUGGAUAACUUAAUGGAUAUUGCAAUCUCGGGGACGUGGAUGCUGUGAAUAUUUUGGUAUAAGUUUAUCAAACUGUGAUUCUUCGAUGUACCAUGUACGCGGAUGUUCUGUACCGUAAAUAAACUGCUUGCUUUAAUUCAUGUUUUUAUUUAUAAUAUCCUGUAGCCCAGCGGUUCUCAACUUGUGGGUCGCGACCCCUUUGGGGAUCGCGAGACCAUUUCCCAGGGGUCGCCUAAGACCAUCUGAAAACACAUAUCCUUACAGCUAUGAAGUAGCAACGAAAAUAAUUGUGUGGCAAGGGGUCGCCACAACAUGAUUAAACUGUAUUAAAGGGUCGCGGCACUAGAAAGGUUGAGAACCACUGCUGUAGCCUAUUCAACGAAAUGUUUAAAAUGGAAAGUUGGAGAUUAAAUUACAUUUUUUAAAAUAUCUUUGGUAAUAAAAUGUGAAAGUAAAUAAUACUUAUCUGAACGUUGUCCAUUUUUAAAAAAAAGAAUUAAAAAAAAAAAGAAGUUGUGAUAAUCUGGAGCUAGAGCAGCGGUUCUCAACCUGUGGGUCGCGACCCUUUUGGGGGUCGCGGGACCCUUUUCCAGGGGUCGCCUAAGACCAUCUGAAAACACAUAUCCUUACAGCUAUGAAGUAGCAACGAAAAUAAUUGUGUGGCUGGGGGUCGCCACGACACUAGCAACUGUAUUUAAAGGGUCGCGGCACUAGGAAGGUUGAGAACCACUGAGCUAGAACAAGUUUACUUUCUAUGAGCUAUAUACGUUUAUUUUCUUGCAUUUUAUAAUAUUAUUAUUUUUUUCACUGGAUAUUUUCAGUUCACAGGAGAGGUCCUUAGUGCGAACUCUACUUUUUUGCUCCUUUCCCAAUUGCUCAAACCCAACAUAGUGGUUUCAAAAUUUUUGAGAGGUUCUCAAGCAAAUUUUCUUUAAUUAGGC